GCGGGGGGCCUUGAGCCCGCCAGCCUGCGCGGCGCGCGCCGGCAUGCAGGAGGAGCGCAGGUUCGCCUCAGCGGGGGAUGACGUGAAGAUCUGGGACUCGGCGUCUCUCACAGUGUUGGAGCGGUUCAACCCCCACAGCUCCUCCCCCGGCAUCGGCUCUUUGUGCUGGACCAACAAUAAUAAUUUUCUGGUUACUGCGUCUACCACUGGUGACAAAAUAGUCGUUUCAAAUUGCAAAUGUAAACCUCUUCCACUCUUAGAAUUAGCAGAAGGGCAAAAGCAGACAUGUGUAAAUUUAAGUUCCACAUCUAUGUAUCUUGUAAGUGGAGGUCUCGAUCAUACUGUUAAUAUCUGGGAUUUAAAAUCUAAAAGACUUCAUCGAUCUCUUAAGGACCACAAAGAUGAAGUAACAUGUGUAACAUUUAAUUGGAAUGACUGCUACAUUGCUUCUGGAUCUAUGAGCGGUGAAAUUAUUUUGCACAGUGUAACUACCAAUUUGUCCAGUACUCCUUUCGGCCAUGCGAACAGUCAGUCCAUUCGACACUUGAAGUACUCCAUGUUCAAGAAAUCUCUACUGGGCAGUGUAUCGGAUAAUGGCGUGGUAACUCUGUGGGAUGUGAAUAGUCAGAGUCCCUACCACAAUUUUGAAAAUACUCAUAAAGCUCCAGCCUCAGGAAUCUGCUUUUCUCCUGUCAAUGAACUGUUACUUGUCACCAUAGGCCUGGAUAAAAGAAUGAUUCUCUACGACACUUCAAGUAAGAUGCUAUUGAGAACUGUAAUAGCUGAGGCUCCUCUAACUGCAGUGGAUUUUAUGCCUGAUGGUGCAACUUUAGCUGUUGGAUCUUCCCGGGGAAAAAUUUAUCAGUAUGAUUUAAGAAUGUUGAACUCGCCCGUGAAAACCAUCACAGCUCACAAAACAUCUGUACAGUGCAUAGCGUUUCAGUAUUCUAGUUCUGUAUAUAGGCCGAGUUCCAGUAAAGGCUCUUUGAGUAAGCCUACAUCAAUGAAUAAAAGAACAAAAAUGAAUAGUGCAGGGGGAAUGCAAAAUUCAGGAACUGCUAAAGAAAUAACCUCUACUCCAACUGCUUCAGUUGUACCUCAGCUCAUGACAGUGGUUGAAGGAAAAGGAACAGAUGUUCAGGAUAAGAUGGGAUUUUCUCGAAGUACAAAUGUGGAUGUAAUCUUGUCUCAAGAUAUGGAAUAUGGAAAAAAUUCUGAUAUGUCCAACUUUGAUGAUAGUGGGAGAAAUAGUUUAGGGGACAUGUUUUCACCUGUGAGAGAUGAUGCUGCAGUUUACAAGGCAAGCGAAGAUUUUCCAAAUAAAGGAGAUGGUCUGGAUUUUCUACCCCAAUUGAACACAAUUUUUCCUACAAGAAAGAAUCCAGGUGGAGCAAAUACAACAGGGCUACAUUCCAGCCCGCUUCAUGUCUUUGUGGGAUCGCCAAUCAAGGAAGAAGACGACCAACAGGAUCUAACAGCUGAGACUAAAAAAAUACAUUUAGGAAAACAAGACUCUAGAGAGCCUUUAAAGCAGCUUGUGAAAUUGUUCUCACCUGGCUCUGAGUCUGGAAAUCUGAGUACCUCUACACCAUCUAAUGCUGCCAGAAGCCCCGAGAAAAAGGAAUGGCCUGCAAAGGAACUUCAGACGCAACUGAUGUGUGAAUCUCCAAUCAAUGGUACUGCUACAGCAAAUUCAAAGACAACUUCGGUCACCGCUGGAGUUGCCAGUUCCUUAACAGAAAGGAUAGCAGAUACUUUGGGAAAUAAUAUGCCAAAUGCACCAUUGACAUGUGUUCAAAUCCAGUUUAUUCAAAAUAUGAUUCAAGAAACUUUGGAUGAUUUCAGAGAAGCCUGCCAUCGUGACAUUGUGAAUUUGCAAGUGGAGAUGAUUAAACAGUUCCAUAUGCAGUUGAAUGAGAUGCAUUCUUUACUGGAAAGGUAUUCAGUCAAUGAAGGCUUAGUAGCUGAAAUUGAAAGGCUUCGAGAAGAGAACAAAAAACUGCGGACCCAUUUCUGAAAUACAGAUGGGGAGACACAUUUUGCAGCUCUUACUUACGGUUUGUUCUUUGGAAGGCAACUAGUAGCGCAGAAGCUUACAGACGCAGUAUUGUUUCCCUGAUUUUUGUGGAGCUUUUAAAAGAAGAGGUAAAUGAGGAAUGCGAAACUAACCGUAGGGUAUUAAUCAAUUUUACAGUGUGCAGUAACUGCCCGUACAAAAGUGGUUGUAUUUUUUAUGGCAGAAAGAGUAGGAAAGUAUAUCUUUGCCUGUUAGGAAAGCCAACAGAAUGACUAUCAUUCCAGAGCUUAAGAUAUACACUAAGUGCCUUUUUUCAUACGAAAAGGAAAUUGCUCAGAAAAGUAUAUUUUAUGUAGGAAAUUUUAUUCUACCAUUAACAGGCUCUAUUUUUGAUUGACAAAUUGCUCUCUAUAUUUUGCUUGGGGUUAAAAGAGUUUUUGUAUGUCAUAUUUUUCGGAAUAAAACAUUUUAAUAUGACAUUUAAGAGUUCUAAGCAAUCGACCAGGAAAUUUAGGGUUGAUUAGUAAUUAGUUUGUUAAUGUGAUAGUUAAGCAUGACCGUUAUUCAUUACUACGUGUAUCUUGGAAAACUGAGUUUGGAUUUAUGGAAUUAUACAGAUGACAUUCUAAUUUAAUUGUGUUUGUUGUGGAAGUACUGUACAAUUGGAAAAAACAAUUCCCUCUGGUUAUAAUUUGUAUUUUUGCUUCUGAAGAUUACCUUGCUUUCAAAAGCAAAACAAGUGAGAGUCCUUGGGUGUUUUUUUUUUUUUUUGGCUGAACUCUAAAUUAUCUGUGAUUAGUGGCAUUAUGAGAUGUGCAUGUAAUGAAAAUUUGAUUUGUAAUCCAAAAAAUUCAUCAUGAACACUCAUACUGCACCAUUAAAAUAUUUUCCAUUUUCCCCAA